UACCAAAGUAAUGGUGUCCUCCAAAAGGUGCAAGAUGGCGUCGAGCGAAGAAAAUAAACCGCGUGCAGACGAACUGACGUCGUUACUGGAGCACCCGAAGUACAAGGAAAUGGUGGCUUAUGGGUUUAACAACCAGGAACAAGUUCAGGUCGCCAUGCUGGUGUACCUGUACCUCUCAGAAGCCAAGCAGUGGUCAGAACUGGACAUCCAGCCCUGUCCAGCCCUACAGUUGGUGACCCUGUACGGCCGCCCGACACAGGCUGAGGACAUGCAGGUGUUGGUGCCACUCGGGAAACAAACAGAUCUCAGUCCACAGAGGUUACGAGACUUCCUGACCCAUGUCCCACGUCCACAGGAUGAACUGAAGCUGGAGGAACCAGACUUAAUGACAAGGACAGUAACUCUUGCCAUAUGUGACACAGACUCCACAAUCACAUUCUACAGAAUUACAGAUGGAUUUGUUCCCCCGGACCCUCCAGAAAUUGUUGCAGAGAAAAAAGCAAAGAAGAGACAAUGGAAGAAAAGAAAGGGACAAAGAACUUAACAUUAAUCUUAAGAAUUAAUUCAACUUCAUUUCUCAAUGCAUUUCUGUAUGAAAGA